CAAAUCAGCUUGGACACAGGCUGGGAGGCAUCAGAGCGCGCUGAACUGUCGGCAGGAGUUUUCUAAGAUAAAACAUCCAGAGAAAAAGCAAAAGUAGUAUUAAAGCUGCUACCUUUAAUGCGUUUUAGUGACUUUAAAAAUAUGCAGAUACGUUUAUCCUGCAGGAAUCAACGUGGCGCAACCCAAGUGUAACCCAACCAGAGUUGUGCGUAAAAGUUUAUUUUUCCUUUGGAGACCAUGCGCAGCUUCUCGGAGCCGUGCGUCCCAGGCGAGGUACCACAAGGCUUCCCAACAAGAGUCGGAGAUGCGGCCCUUCACGGGACCAUCUUGGCCGGACCCCCGCUUUUCUCAGCCAUCGUCUUAUCCUCCCGAGGACCAUCAGAUCCCAGUUUGGAUGCCAGCGCGGACCGGAUGAUUCACACGCCGCCACCACAACAGUCUUCGAUUUUGUGCAGGCCUCCCGAAAUUAUGGAGGGAGGGGAAAUGACAGAGGAUGAGCCGACAGUUUAUUUGGAAGCCAGCGACCUUUGGAGACAGUUCCACAAAUGCGGCACUGAAAUGGUCAUUACAAAAUCCGGGAGACGCAUGUUUCCGCCGCUCAAGGCCAGGUGCGCCGGGAUGGACAGAAAAGCCAAAUACAUUCUUCUGAUGGACAUCGUGGCGGCUGAUGACUGCAGAUAUAAGUUUCAUAACUCCCGCUGGAUGGUGGCGGGGAAGGCGGAUCCAGAGAUGCCCAAACGCAUGUACAUCCACCCGGACAGUCCGGCCACGGGCGAGCAGUGGAUGUCCAAAGUAGUCAACUUCCACAAACUGAAACUGACCAACAACAUAUCCGAUAAGCAUGGAUUUACAAUUCUCAACUCGAUGCACAAAUACCAGCCAAGAUUUCAUAUAGUGAAGGCAAAUGACAUCCUGAAGCUGCCUUACAGCACCUUUAGGACAUUUGUGUUCACUGAGACAGAUUUCAUCGCAGUAACAGCUUACCAAAAUGAUAAGAUCACACAGCUGAAAAUAGACAACAAUCCUUUCGCGAAGGGAUUCCGAGACACGGGCAACGGAAGAAGAGAAAAGAGGAAACUACAACAUUCAUCACAAAAGUCUAAAGAGAUGCGGAUGACUGACGUGAAAUCUGAACCUGUAAAGGAUUCGUCUACACAAUACUCCGACAAUUCCAAAUCUUCAGAUGCUCAUGAAAGUGACAGUGACAAAGACGAUAAUAUUGAGGACAAUCCUGGACAAGAGGUGCGCCAAAUCCACCAGGAAACAAAAACUGAACCAAAGGUUUCCAUAACAGAGAGGACAGUACAGACUCCAGCUGGGACACAGAGAGAAAUGGACCCCAGACAGAGGCGUGUCAGCAGUACAUUAGCUGAUGGAGCGGGUUACUGCCAGCAACACGACUCAGAGAAGGAACAAUUGUGCAAAUUAUGCAGCUGUUUUGCGCACAGCUGUGUUUAUCCACCGGAAUUACACAGACAUCUGCAGGAUCCGAGUAUCUCCAACAGUCUUCUUCACUCUGCUCAGGUAAACACCUGGAACAGCUGUGCCGUCACGGACAGAGCAGUGCCGUGUGGACUGAGCCUGGCAGCACCUGUCAGGACUACAGGAACUCCAGGGUUUCCCAUCAGUCUUCAACAGCACGCGCUGGUGCAGGACCUGGUGAGCCUUUCACACUUUGGAGGCUUUCUGUUUUAUCCCUACUCCAGGUUCUCGGCACCAUCAGCCCAGUACCUCGUCCCACCAGUGCGGUCCAGAAUGGAUUUCAGAGCCUAUCCAAGCGUCCACAGUCAGGACUAUCUAACCUCUCCGAUGAUAUCUUCAUCUGUUUCUCCUGUGGCUGGCGGUGGACUGAAAUAUCUCGCCUCCGAUUUGCUAAUGCUACCCAAAACAGACCAGAAGAACUCAGUGGACGACGCUGAAAUUGACUGUAGUGAAGAAGAACCACAAAGAGAAUGAAAAUACUGACUUGAGAGCAGCUAUUGCUGCUUUCGAGUGUCCCUACCUGUAGUCUGCCCACUCCCACCUACAGAGUCGAAAGGCUGUUCUGUUUCGUGGGAAUGACACUAAACUUACUUGGCAAUGAAACUUGUGUAUUGGUCUUAUAGUCUACAUCUGCAUCUUAUUGCCUACAUCAUGACUUAAGACUGAAUCACUGUGGUGCAAAGAGCAUUUUAUUUCAACAAAUGUAACUUAGUUUAUAAAUAACAUAUUAAGUUGUGAUUUUAUUGAAAUUAGGUGCGGCUCGGUGGAUUAUAAGGAUGCUGAAUUAAUGGCUCUUCUAGAUUCAGAAAAUGUCUUUCCUUUGAGCCUAGAAAAAUGAGACUGACCGAUUUCUGAUUGAAGUUUGGUGUAUAGUAAAUUAAAUGAAUAACAUCCAACAUCCUCCAUACAUAAAACCCAAAAAACGGAACCUUAAGAAUCGAUACUUAAAGAAGCUCUUUCCAGACUUUUCUCCAGUGAAACUUCCCGAAAGGUUAUUUGCCAACUUUACCAUUUACACACACAUGUAUUUGAAAUUAAUAUCUUAAAACAUUUCAGCUUCUUUGCAUUUAAAGAGUCCAUGAGAUUGUGUGGAUUUUCUUCACAAAUACUGAUCCAAUAAAUGAAAAAUUAUCCGAAAUUUAUCCGAAAAUUAAAAAUUAAAGUUAAAAAAGGUAUAUUUAUUUAGAGAACAGUCAAUAUCUGGUUUGAUCAAAUUUGAUUGACAGCGAUUAACAAUCUAUAUUAACUGUCAAAUGUUGCUCAAUCCUGAUUGGUACAUGGAAGUAUGUGGCAUCAUCAUUUUUCCAGCUGAGCCCCGCCCACUUCAAACCAGUGAGAAGAGCAUAAAGAAAAGAAAGAAAUACAGAAAUCUCUCAUGUGACAUAACCACAUAACCAAAACUGUUCAAACUGGCAGAAAAUAUUGUGUUCAUGUAGGAGCCCAUCACUCAUAGUAAGAAGCAGAUAAAGAAAACACGUUUUCGGGGCCUUUAAGGAACUAAUGUUAUGCUAUACAUUACAUUCAUCCAGCAGACAGCUUUCUCUAAAGCAUCUCACAUUUUUCCCGAUGUACAUACACCACAAGGAACUGUUUGGGGCUCAGUGUAUUGGUCAAGAGUUCGACAUGCGGACAGGACGAUACGAGGAUCAAAGCGCCAACCUACAGGCCAGAUUUUGAAAUGUAAAAACAACAUUACACAAA